GGCCCGGGCCGCCCGCCUCCGCCUUCUUGUCGUCGUCCGGAGCGUCCUCCGGCUCCACCAACCCUCUGCCCUCCCCUCCGCCUCCGCCCUCCUCCCCGGCCUCGAGCUGCCAGCCAACCGCGCGGCCGCUUGUUGAACCGGGCCUCCCCGGUCUCCAUGGCGCCCGGCAAACAUUCCCGGGCCUCCGCUUGAGCCGCUCGCCUCGCCGGUGGCAGUGCUGGGACUCCGGGAGCAGCUAGGAAAGGGGGCGUCCGGCCGCUCCCCAGCCCGUCGCCACCAUGCACAGCUCUCCGACCGACAGCCGCAAGCAGCCAAACCCCGCCGCGUUUAAUGUUCCACAGAAGUCUAUUAGCUUUAUUGGCCCAGUGAAAAAAGCUUCAUCCAAAGGAUAUCCUGGUGCAAACAUGAGCAAAACAGUUGCAUCAAGAAACACGGGAACUGUACCUGAGACAAAAGUAGUAGACAAGGAUAAACUGAGUGUUUCCAAUUCUAAGACGAUACAGGUAUUUGAUAUGAAUGGAGUUGAUGUUACUCCCCGACCUCUUUACCAUCCAGAUCCACAUAGUGUUACACCAAAGCCAAAUAAACUAUUGGGAUCACAAGAAGGAUCACUUGGAUCAGAAUUUAUUAGUUCCUAUAGUCUUUAUCAGAACACAGUAAAUCCUAGUAUGUUAGGACAGCUUACCAGAUCAGUUUUGGGAAGCAGUACUGUUUCUAAAUCGAGUAUAUCUACAACUGAAUCGAUCACUGAAGACCUAGAAGAACCGUCAUAUAGACGAGAAAGAUUGACUAGUUUUACAGAAUUACGAGUUAUGAGAGCAGCAGCACAUGAAGCAAUGAUAACAAAAGAAGACCUAGAGAAGACAAUAGACAUAAUACUCACUGAGACUGAGACACUGAAACUAUUUGACCUGCCAACAGUUAUGAUCUCGGUAGAAUCAGAAGAAGCUGAGAAAGUAAUCAAGAGAAAUAGGGAUUAUGAAGACCUUUGUAAAAACAGAGUAGGCAAUGACUUAUAUGUUGAAAGGAUGAUGCAGACAUUUAAUGGAUCACCAAAGAAUAAAGAUGUUCAGUGUGAUAAAAUCAUAAUGGAAGAAAAAGGUGUAAUGGCGACUACCUGGGAUUUAUAUGAUUCUUACAAUGCUCUGGAACUUUCUUUAUCAGCCAAACCAUCCGUAAUGGAAGUAGGUAGUAAAGCAAGUAUACUUCCUAGAGAUAGAGAACAAAGAUUUCUAGGAAGUGCAACAGACAAAACUAGUGAAGCUAGUUCUCUAAUGGAUAUAGAAAAUGUUAUUCUGACUAAAGUACAUGAUGAUGAAGAAGACCAGUCAGAGACAAUAUUAAAAUCUGACAAUUUUCAUCAGGAUUUGUUUUUUAUGGAACGGGUUUUAAUGGAAAAUGUAUUUCAGCCAAAGUUUGCAUCUUAUCGUCAGCUUCCUAUUUUAAAAGAACGGGAGCCUGAAGAGCCUGAAGACUUUUUACAAGGUGAAAACCAGGAAGAUCUAGAGGAUGAGUAUAAGAAGGAGGAGGAAGAUGAGGGAGAAAUACAUGCAGAAGAAUCAAAAAUACCAGCCAAUUUGGAACGACUUUGGUCUUUUUCCUGUGACUUAACCAAAGGCCUUAAUGUGAGCAGCCUUUCCUGGAAUAAAGCAAAUCCAGACCUUUUGGCUGUUGGCUACGGGCACUUUGGUUUUAAAGAACAAAAACGAGGAUUGGCUUGCUGCUGGUCAAUAAAGAAUCCCAUGUGGCCAGAGCGUAUUUUUCAUAGUACAUAUGGAGUUACUACUGUGGAUUUUUCCAUUGGAACACCUAACCUGUUAGCAGUUGGAUUUCACAAUGGCACAAUUGCAAUUUAUAAUGUACAGAGCAACAGUAAUGUUCCAGUCCUGGACUGUAGUGAAUCUCCUCUAAAACAUUUGGGACCUAUAUGGCAAUUACAGUGGAUAGAACAAGAUCGAGGAACAACAGGUGAUGACAAAAGGGAGAUCCUGGUUUCUAUCUCAGCGGAUGGAAGAAUUUGCAAGUGGGUCAUACGGAAAGGACUAGACUGUCAUGAUCUGAUGCGAUUAAAGCGAACUGUUGGUGGCAAUAAAAAAGGAGGGGAAAAGGAGAAGAAAGGUGAAGCUUUGAUAUCUCGACAGGCACCUGGAAUGUGUUUUUCUUUUCAUCCCAAGGACACAAAUAUCUACCUAGUUGGUACUGAAGAAGGUCUUAUUCACAAAUGUUCUUGUUCAUAUAACGAACAGUACCUCGAUACCUACAGAGGACAUAAGGUUAGUUUAAUUAUGGGCCCAGUGUAUAAAGUAACAUGGAACCCUUUCUGUCAUGAUGUAUUCUUAAGCUGUUCUGCAGAUUGGGGUGUUAUAAUCUGGCAACAGGAGACUCUUAAGCCAUUCCUGAGUUUUUAUCCAACCACUCAUGUUGUUUAUGAUGUUGCCUGGUCUCCGAAAUCACCCUAUAUAUUUGCUGCUGCAAAUGAAAGCAGAGUGGAGAUUUGGGACCUUAGCAUCAGCACUUUGGACCCUCUGAUUGUGCAUGUUGCUAACCCUGGAAUCAAGUUUACAACAGUUCUCUUCUCCAAACAAGCAGAUUGCCUUUUAGUGGGAGAUAGCGAUGGACAUGUCGUUGUGUACGAACUGAGAAACAUGCCUACUACUUCAGAUUCUGGCCGGGAAAAUGUAAUAAAUGCUUUGCUUGGACCCAAGUCAAAUCAACUAGGAUAAUCCAUCACUCCUGAACUAUAUCUGUCUGUUGCUUAAAGAAAAAGGAAAAGAGUUUAUUAUUUAGUAGUGUCUUUUUAAUGCUAUUAACUGGGAUUUUUGAGUGUAGAAAAUAGUACUUGAUGUAUGAUUUCCAUUUAAAUUUAAUUAACUUUUAUUUCAGAAAGAUGUGAUUAGUUUGAAACUUUCUAAAGCUCUUUCUACUCCUUGCUAUAUUUGAAGUAUAUAUGAAUAAAUUUGAAUACUUAUGAAGCCUCCACAUAGUUUAGAAAGUUAUUUAUAGAAGCAAGAUUUUAAAUUAUUAGACUUACUUAAACUAAAAUUUUAUAACAGAGUCCAUCAACUUUUAAAUCUCCUGUUUUUCUUUUCUUUUUGUGUACCAUUUCUAGGGCUUGACUCAGGGCCUAGGCACUGUCCCUGUUUUGCUCAAGGCUAACUUCUAUUG